GAAGCAACUCGAAACAAAGGACAGAUUCAGUCCAGCGUUCUAUCAAGAUGGUGACGAUGUAUCGAUCUCUGAGGGACUUUCCAGUGAAACUCAUGAGUUUCAUCUGUUUUACGGCGAUAUGCUUUCCUUCGGUGCUGGGAGCUCGUAUGAUGCUUGAUUUUCCAACUCUGCCUCCUCUCCCAACAAUUUCUACUCAUCUUUUAACGCUGCCUCCUCUCCCAACUCUCCCAACGCUUCCACCUCUUCCCAGUCACAUUCCAAAGCUGCCUCCUCUUCCCUCACUUUCCCCGCGUCCUACUCACAUCCCUACGCUACCUCCUCUUCCAACGCUUCCAACUCUUCCUGCUCAUCUUCCAACACUUCCACCUCGUCCUACUCACAUUCCUACGCUACCUCCUCUUCCGACUCACAUCUAACUGCUCGUCUUCAAUCUGUCCCCCGUUCUCCUCCAUCUAAAUCACCAUCUCCAGCUCCUUCAUCUUGAUCUUUCCCCGUUCGGAUUCCUAGCACGGUCAGACAAAACGCUGGGACGCAUCGCUGGAAGAUGAGCGCAUCUUCCAGCAACUGUCAUCGGGUGAUUCUCUCUGUCCGCAGCUUCUACCAGAACAAUGAGUACUUCCUGAAGUUUCUUAGCCAUCUUGAUCAGUCCCGUCGGUCGGAAGUGGACUGAUGUGUUCUACUGCUGAAAAUGGUUGUUCAAGGCAUCCAGUCUCUAGUAUCCUGGAAGCCCGAUAUACUUC